AUGUAUAAAACUUUGUCAGCAUUGACGUUUUGUAUCGUUAUUUGUGUCGUGGUUCAACUUCUACCCGUUAUAUCGGUUCCACUAACGUCUCCCGCCAGUAAUCUUUACUUUUCCAAUUUCAGAAACUAUACAUUUGGAGUACUAGGGAUAUGUGAUUUAAACUCAGGAAUAUGUUCAAGUCCUAGGAUAGGUUAUCCUUCUGUCAAUAGUACUUUUUAUAUGCUUGCUGAUGAUAGCGAUUUUGAACUUGGUGGAGUUGAGUUACCUUCAAGUGCAACAUAUACGAUCUCAAAACUUUUAAUCAUGCAUGUGGUGGCCUUUUGCUUAACUUGUUUGUUACUUCUAGUGGUCAUAGGAUUAACCAUAUUACAAUGCAUCGAUGAUACAGUCCCAUUCAAAGAUAGAGUUGAAUUUUAUGUUAAACAGAAAGGUAAAGGUCGUCCAAUUAUAAAGGGAUCGGAAAAUAAUGAAGAUCCAGUAAGAAAGAAGCCUUUACGAGAUAUUACUCCUUACUUAAAUGUGAUGCUUACUAUUGCCAUAAUGUCAUUCUUAUGUAACUUGCUAGGAUUCCUUGCUGAUAUCCUAUUGUUUAUUCCAAAUUUAACCUACUUGGGUUGGCUACAAUUAUUACCUAUAAUUUGCCUAGCAUUAAUAAUCACUUUGUCGUGUUUUAUAAAGAGAGCUAUAUCAUCUAGGAAAUUCCUUGAGGAUGAUCAAAAAUAUGAGAAUGAUGAUAUGAGAACUAGAAAAAAGGUUGUUGGUAAUAGAUGGAGUGAUGAUGCAAGUGAUGAUGGAUUUUAUGUUUAUACGAAUGGGUUCUAUACAGCUCAAAAUAAUAAUCGAGAAAGAAACGAUAUUGCUUUGAGAAGCGGUUUAUCGUUCAAUCAAAAUGAUAACAGCCAAACGAAUGAUUGGGUUCAUCAUUCAUACCAGGUUGAUGAUAUUAUCGGUGAUGCUGUGUCGGUCAAUUCGAGUCAUCGUCGUGGUUCAGAUAACGUUCAUCUGACAGAUGUGUAA